AUGGCAGUGUGGUAUCAGAUGAUCGUGGAGCCACUCGUUGGAUGGAGCUGGCAGCGAAUAGCUGCAUGUCUCCUCUGCGCGUGGCUUGCGUAUCUGAUUAUUGUAGGAGUCUAUCGACUAUACUUCCAUCCCUUAGCCAAGUUCCCUGGCCCAAGGCUAGCCUCGGUAACACAGUGGUACGAAAUAUUCUAUGAUAUCUUUCACAAGGGACAGUUCACCUUUGAAAUUCAGCGCAUGCACCAAAAGUAUGGACCCAUAGUGCGCAUCAACCCAGAGGAGCUUCACAUAGAUGAUCCUGACUACUACGACGUUAUCUAUGCGACUGGCAAACCCUACGAUAAGAUGCAGUACUUUUCGGACCGCCUUAAUAUGCCACUAUCGUCAUUCGCGACAGCUGGAUCCGACCUACAUAAGACUCGGCGCGCCGCAAUAGCUCCCUUUUUCUCGAAGCAGAGAGUGUCUGCAUAUAAUCAUCUUAUCCAAGACAUCGUUGAUCAUAUGUCCCAUCGCCUUUUGACUGAGUACGCCGGUACGGGCAAGGUAUUAAACCUCGCCCAGAUGUGGGGGGCCAUGACCUCUGAUAUUAUUACCGACGUUGUCUUUGCAAGGCCGAUGGGCUACAUCAAUUGCCCCGACUUUGAUUCGCAGUUCACUACAGCUGUAUGCGACAUGCUGUUCACAUCUCACAUUAGAGCACACUUCCCUAUCUUCCUGACGGUGACGAAUACCUUGCCAAGUUGGUUGGUGAAAAUCUUAGCCCCAGCAGUGAAGCCAGUAAUUGAAUAUGAAGAGAUGUUAGAGCUACAGAUCAAAGAUAUCUUAGCUGGACGCAAUGAGGAGGCAAAGCUAUCAUCUCACAAGACCGUCUUCCAUGACAUUUUGUCCUCGGGCCUACCUCCCUGCGAGCUCACUGCUGGUAGGCUGCAAAAUGAAGCUAUGAGCGUAAUUGCGGCUGGAGUCGAGACGACACGGUGGGCACUGACUGUCGGCUGCUACCAUAUUCUCGCCAACGCAGAAAUUGAGCAACGCCUACGAUCUGAGCUCAAAUGCGCAAUACCGGAUCCAACUGGGAUGGUCUCCGUACCAGAGCUGGAGAAGCUGCCAUAUUUGACAGCUGUCAUUCAGGAGAGCCUUAGAAUGGCAUACGGAUUGUGUCAACGGCUCCCCAGGAUAAAUCCUCGCUCACAUUGGCAAUAUGCCCAUUACAGCAUCCCACCCGGAACGCCAGUGAGUAUGGACGCAUAUCACAUGCACAAUAACGAGAGCGUCUUUCCGGAAUCCAAUACAUUCAAACCUGAGCGCUGGCUGAACAAUCCCGUGGGCCCGGACGGGAAGACACCGCUCAGUCACUACAUGGUGGCUUUUUCUAAGGGCACCCGCAUGUGCAUUGGGAUGAACAUGGCCUACUCUGAGCUAUACAUCGGCCUCGCAACCAUGUUCCGGCGACAUCGGUUCAUGUUAUACGAGACCGAUAGAAGCGAUAUUGAAUUCGCUAUUGACAUGAUAACGCCGCAGCCAAAGCUGGACUCCAAAGGGGUUCGUGUACUUGUGGGGUGA